AUGCAUACAAUUUCGAUCCUCACUCUAAUACUCUCGAUCCUCGCAAAUCGUGCUCUAUGCAGCACCAAAUUCCUGCGUCCUCCAGAAUGGAAAUUAGAUGUCGACGGCGAUGCUGGCUUCGGACAGAAUAUACAGUACAAUGUUGGGGAUACGAUUCAGCUCCUUUGGGAGACCGAUCUCGACAAAGUUGAGCUCUACUUGAUCCAACAAAUAGAUUCAACGGACUGGGAUGACAGAGUAUUAGACGCAUCUCGUACUGAGUGGAAGGCCGAGUGGGAUGUAUUAGGAAUACUGGAGGGAAAUGAAGACUCUGUGUACCACUUUGCCUUGGGCGAUCCUCACGCCGGUUAUCUGGGAUUCAUUGCUACGACGCAAUACUUCAAUGUCACCGCUCCGAGACUCUGGACCACGAUCACCUCCGCGUGGACUCCCCUUACAAUACAAAGCAUGUCUUUUUCAGGGGUUGCAACGUCCGCUAAGCAGCCACUCCCAACAUCUACGGCCACAGAUCAGAGCUCGGAUUCAAAUACUGAUCCAAAUCCCGACUCUGGAAUGACCAAGGGCGAAGUUGCUGGUGCCGCGGUUGGGGGCACCAUCGGCGGUCUAAUACUUCUUGGGGUUGUCGGAUGGUUCAUCUGGAGACGAUUAGGACGAAGCGAAAAAGAUACAGGCGUCUCAGUGGUCUCUCAGAGUCACCACCAACAAUUCCACUCUUCCGAGACAAAGGCUGAGCUACCUGGUGACUCGGCACUGGGGAUGAAUCCUUCAGGGUAUGCUAGAAGUCCACCGGGGCUGCAUGAAGCGCCUUGA